AUGCCUCGACGAUGCGUUAUCCCGCACUAUCGUCCGGGCAUACGCCCAACCCCGAGCCCGUCAGAGGGCAUCUGGGUCACUAAUGCCAUGCUGGCUCGAGCCAUUGAGCGAUUCCACCAUGUCUAUCCGGUCCCCCGAAGGAGCUUGAGUUCAGUUCCAGGGCCUCUUGAGAGCCGACGCCGCCUAGGCAAGCGACAUAUGACGGCCAUCGUUCCCGAUUCUCACGCCUCACCCUUUCCCUGGUCAAUUGAAUUCCCUAUCGACCUCGGCAAAUGGACAUGGGAGGCCCCAACUCGACCACAAGAUCGGCGACAUAAAAAAGUCGGGUUGCUCGAACGUUUUCUAAGAUCCCUCGAAGACAUAGAUUGCCCGGAGAGCUCACCCGACACCACUAUAAUACCACCACAAACAGCAACUCUCUCGCCUUUAGAACAGGUACUCGUUGGGCUCAGUGAAGAUCUUGCUUCCUUUCAAGACAUCGAGGACGGCAAGGCAUUGUUCAAAGCAUGUGAACCUCACCUCAUGAAGGUUCUGGACAUGAUCGACGAGAACACGAUAUCCUCCGGCGAUCUUAUCCUAAUACUCAACCCGUUCGACGAAACCAUCAAGCGUCGGGCUCCAACGAAAGUCCUCGACUAUGUGCUAGCGAGACAAUGGAUUUCAAUCAUCCAUUGCAUUCAUGACAACCGGGUCCGUCCCACCAGUGAUGUCUUUGGUGGGCGCUUAUGGCAUCAGUGCCUCAAAACAGCAUUGCAAAUGACACCUCAAUCUGUCACAUUCGAACUUCUGGACGAGCUAUUGCGACUGACCCGGCAAUUUGAGAGAAUCUACUUGGAUUCCAAUGAUUACAUUGCUUUGAUGCGGGCACAUAUCCUCCUGGAGUCUGGUCAGGACCAGCGGGAUCCAUCGCAGCCUAUAUCGACUCACAUUCUACGCCGAAAUAUUUAUUUGUCUCGUAUGUUUGGUGUCAAGGCUCCAUCAAAUAUGGACACCUACGAACAGUUAUCACAAUCUUGCCUCGAGAACAGCACGGAUGCCACAGAACGACGUUCGAUUGCAUUCCACUUAUUGCUUAAACUGGCCGCUGCCCCCGGGCUUAAGAUAAGGGAAUUCACGAAAUUGAUCCAAGUGACUCACGAUACGAGCGAGUGGACCGAAACAGAGGUUCGACAAUUUGCAGCUUUGCGCCUCAUGAACCAAAGCCAAUGGAAGUUACGUCCGGAAAUUUUGCAAGAGUGGUCCGAAAAGCCCACACAACUGCAUUCUUGGGCGGCGAUGCUUCACUCUGCUUUCCAUCGACACGCCAAAAAGCGCAAAGCCAAUCUGAGGGCACUUUCGUUUACCAGUGACGCCUGCGGUCAGCUUCAUACCUUGAUGAAGGCUGUUCGUUUAUUGCCAAAUCACAAUGAGAUUGUCUCGGAUAUGGUCAAAACGGAGGAAGACCCUCACUGCGCGCUUAUUAUGUGGGAAUACUACAACGAGGAGCAAUCAACCGCCGAUAAAUUACCCUGGUAUAUAUGGGUGCGGCACGCGGAAGCCAUCGUGAUGGAUACUGAUCUACCUGCUGACCUUAUCUGGCGGGUUGCCGAAUUCCACCCCGAAAGGUCGUUCAACAAGUUGAACAAUCCCAUCAAAAAAGGCACAGUCUACACGAUGGAGUUUCUCGCGGACUUGGGACAAUUGUACAUGAAGCGACCUAAUAUGACAAACCGAUCGCGGCUAAGAUAUAUCGAAAAGGUCAUGAAUCUUGGCAAAGCUUCCCGACAACCAAUGCCUCAAUCUUUGGUGCAGAUACUUACAGAAAUUAUACUACAAGAUCUAGAGAUGGGCAAGAUGGGUCGCAAGACGCGUCUUGAAUACUUGGUAAAGAAAAUAGAGCAAUUCUGUGGAAGGGAACAGGCACAGAAAGCUGCAGUCUCAAUUGAUGGUUGGAGAUGGACCAAUAUGAAUCAAAUGAGACAAACACUACCGAUGCCCGCUUCUAGCGUGCAACAUCGCAAAGCUGAGGAGGAUAACGAAGAGCUUGAGGUGCUUCUCAAGGCUGCUCGUCGAGAAGUACAAGCCCCAGCUAUGGCAAGUGCCACUUUCUAG